AUGGUGGAUCUGCUCACUCUGUCAACAGCGCAAGACACCGACGCCAGCGAGCAGAGGUUCAACUGGCAGAAAGAGACCAAUGACCUCACAUUGAUCAUCGACAGCUAUGGUGCGCGCGGUGGUCUUCAGCUCAUGAAAUUGUGUCAGGGCUCGCAGGUUCGGCAAACCAUCGAAAUCGAGAGACUGAUCAACGAAGGCAAUCAGAUAACGCGUCUGAGUGAAGAGCGCGGAGUGAAGGUGCAGCCCGACCACCUACACAUAUCCGCCAUUGUGCGCUGCCCUCUGCUCGCUAUCAAAUGGAAAGUGACCAACGACAAGAUCAGGCGCAUUCAAAUGCGGUUCAAGUCAGACAAGGACUUUGACACUGCAUUCAGCCACCUCCUUCGGCUCGGUCUUUACAUGGGCGGCCAAAACGCAGUGCCGUCCCAAUCAAAGUCUACAGCUCCGCCACCAUCGCCGACACGAGGAUCGUCCUCUCGGCCAAGCCUGACCGCUGUUGCAUACCCUGAGCAGCCCACGGGUAUGCAACAGGCCACUAGAGGUCACAUCCCAAGUGGACUAUCAUGUCCUCCUUCGCGGCUGGCGGAGAUCUCCAAUCGACUGUCCACUAGUUAUGACUUCUCUGCUUCUUUGAAUGCUCAACUACCCACAGCGGCAUACACCCGUCCAGCUUCUGCCACCACAGGAUAUACCAGGGAAGAAUGCGGCACACCAGCAGCCUUAUCAGACCUUCUUGCUCCUCCAGUCUUCUUCCCUCGUCCCACCUCAGCAACCUCGGAUAUCUUAGGACGCUCGCAUGUUGACUCUUCAUAUACGUCAGAUCAGCACAUGCCGGACCUUCAAGAAUCUCAUCGUAUGUCUACUGAGCGACCGGAUACUGCCAUGCUGUUCAACCGCCCUGGUAGUGCAAAUCGUCCUGGUACUGCCGAUCGCCCUGGUAGCACUGAGAUACUACCACCGAGACGCGAGCUUCCUUUCCCCCGCUUCUCUUCGCCGCGUUCCUCUGGCAGCGACAGUGUGCGACCCUCUACUGGCACGAUGGGGCCUCCCCCUCUACCAGCACGCGUAGCCAGUAACCGACCUGGUUCCAGCCGAAGCGCAACCAGCAAGGAGAUCGAUCUCCCACCUCUGCCCAAACCCACUGUUAUCAGCAAGACCACACGUGGGAAGCAACCAGUGCAGCAGCCGCCUCGCACGCCGAAUCAAGAUCAAUCCAGCCCUGCACGGGCAAAGACAUCUCCACAUGGCGGCAUCGAGAAUCAGUCACCGUUGACAUCAUCUCCAAUCUCCUAUCCAUUAUCUUUCCAUAGGUCAAGCUUCAGUGCCUUACCAACACCGCAACCUCUCGGUGAACGAAGUAAUGCUGCACAGAAUCUUCACCAUACCAUGUCGUAUAGUGGUCUCGACACCCCACCUACGUCUGUCGCCGGUCACCAUGGUGUGAGCAUGUCUAAUCCAGGUGCUACUAUGAGUGUGAAUGAGAACAACCAGUUGGCAACGUAUGCGAUGCAGUCUGACGAGGGACGCAGAGCAGCGCUCAACGAGUUUGUCUAUCGCCACCUGGAAAGCGACGACUUCCUCACACUCGUCCAAGACAUGGAGACAGCUUGGGCGAGAGUUACCAUGUGAACGCAAUGAGAGGACCGCUGGCCAAGAGGAUCUCUAGCAAGGAGUAUGUGAAGGUAGGAGAAUUUCGUCGAGAAUUUUCAAGAAGACGUAGUAAAGAGUAUGAAAAAGGGCGCGACAGC